CCCCGCUGAAGGUCCGGGCCCACGCAGCAUGUCCGUCGCGCUGCUCUACAGCGCUAUGUGCGACGAACUCUAUAUUCCUCUUAACCCUUACAUUUUAGAAGUAUUAACCGAUACAGCGACAACAGAUGUCAAACUGACGGGGAACGAUCGUCUUAAACGGGUGCAAAAACUUAGCGACGACGAUGUACUUGUCCUCUCGUGCUGUUUCCUCAACACGGGAACGACAGGUCUUGACCUAAGGUACAAUGAUAUCUCUGACGUGGGAGCCAGACACCUCGCUGACCUCAUACAAGAGGUGACUUCCACCCUGCGUUUUGUGGACCUCAUGGGUAACAACAUACUCGCUGAUGGAGCUGAGACAGUCGCCAAAAGCCUGCAUAACAACCAGUGUAUCCUCUCUGUCAGACUGACAGGGAACAAGAUUGGGAACAGAGGAGGAAUGUGUUUUGCCAGCAUGCUCCAGAUCAACCACACUCUGCAGGAGUUAGAUCUUGCCGACUGCGACCUGGGUACUCAGUGUGUUAUAGCCUUCGCCAUCGUGCUGAAAAGCAACACCAGCCUUCUCUCUCUGAACAUCUCCAGACCCAUACUCUUCAGUCGACAGGACGAAACGGCGGUGCACCUGUCGGCCAUGUUGAGGCUGAACCAGACUCUGCGGGAGCUCCACCUGGGGAAGAUGGCCUUCACUGACUCUGGGAUGGAGAGACUGGCCGAGGGCCUGAGAGCCAAUCAAAGCCUGCGAUACCUGGACCUGCGCUGUAACCAAUUGUCUUGCGACGGUGCACAAACUCUGUCGGGGGUUCUGAAGAGCAACAGCGCACUGCAGAUCCUGGACCUGUCGUCCAAUCGGAUCAAAGACGAGGGCGCAGCGAGCCUCAGCGAGGCCAUUGAGUCCCCCGCCUGUGGCCUCAAGGCGCUCUCCGUAACCAGUAACAACAUAGAAAGCCCAGGUCUUCUGGCUUUGGCGCAGGCUAUGAAGGCUAGCAGUACGCUAACCCACGUCUACAUCUGGGGGAACCGUCUGCAUGAGCCCGUCUGUCAGGCGUUCAGCGAGCUGAUGGCGUGUGGCCGGCUGGCCCCGGGUCACACGGACGUGAGCCCAUACGAGGUGGACGGCCGCGUGAGCCUGGCCGAGGUCUUCCACGGCCUGAGGCGACACUACUACUGGACGCCCAGCGACGGGGCCGACGGCGGCCCCUCCACCAACGCUGCCCUGGCCCUCACCGCACUCACACCCUGACACACCCCCGCUACGCCCCCAAUACCCGGGCAUGAUGGGAGGCCUCCAGCCACCAGGCCUCAACCCCCGACCCGGGAGAAGAUCUCUACCGUCGUCGUAUCAGAGAUAGCGAGCUUUGAUAAUUUUUGGUUGAAUAAAACAAUGAAUUGGUAACACUCA